AAAAACAAAUAUAAUAUUAUCAUUAUGUUAUAUAAAAUAACUGUAUCAGAUGCAACAAAAGAUGGCGAUAUUGUUAAGUUUACUGUUCAGAGUAAACUUAUGAAUGAUGAAGAGUCUUUAGAAAAUGACACUGGCAAAAUUGUGUUUCGUCAAUAUGAGGACUUUGUAUACUUAUUGCAUUUACUAACAACAAAAAAUAAUGUUGCUGGAGUUGUUGUUCCUCCACUACCUAACAAGCCUGUUAUCAUACCUGAAACUGUUGAGUCUAAACUAAAUUUAAAAACUACAGUAUUGGCUGAUGGUUACUCACAUGACUGCAAAAGAUUAGAGAAAUUUAUUCAAGAUAUUGCAAACCACAAAGUAUUUAAAGACGAUGAAAACCUCAAAAAAUUCUUGACAGAUGAUGAGGCUGUUGCUCGUGUUGCUAUUAAGCGAGGUGUGAUGAACUCAUUAGCAAAUUUAGUGGAUACUGCAAGAUUCCAAGCACAUAAAGACAUCGAUGAAGAUUUUCAAAAAAAGAGAGACAAUGUUAAUGCCUUGCUUCUUCAUGUCAAACAAUGUAACUAUAUGAAGGAUAAAAUGAUUUCAUCUGAGAAAGCAUUAGGUGUGCAUAUUUCUAAUUUGGCAAUGGUGUUACGUAAUUCUGCAACUUACGAUAUUCAAGGUUCAAAAAUAGUUGUUCGCUUCAUUGGUCAAUUUGCUGAUGUUCUUGAUGAACUUGUUCUUAAAGGUCAGAAAACACGUUUAAUCACAGAAGAGACAGCAGGUUUUUCAUUGGAGUUAUAUAGCAGAUACCUAUCAUCGUGCCAGAGUGCAUUAUUUCAACGUACAUGCAAACUGGUUGAGUUAGAAAAUGCAACAAAAGCUUUGGAAAAAGCAAAACCAAAAAAUAGAGAGCAGCUAUUGUCUGCAAAGGAAGAAGCAUCUAUUGCGUUUGAUCGUAUAUCUGAAGUUACAAAAGCCGAGGUGGAGUUGUUUAAUGAAAAUCGCGUAAAACAUUUCAAGGAGUCGCUUUCUCUUCUCGCUCAAAAACAUCAAGAAAAUCAUCGCGAAACUUGUGAACUUUUAUUAAGUGCUAUAAAUGAGCUAAAAAAUCUAUAAAUUUGUUUAAUUUUUUUGUGGCGAUUAUCUCUUUUUAUCUUUACUGUUAAGCUUGUUCUUACCUUGCUUUUUGUUUAUUUUUAAUUAUUUCAUUUUU